AUGGAGUCCCGAGUUGGAAAAUGGGAUCUUUCGAGACGAAAACAAGACGAGCGUUACGCGUUCCAGAACCGCGCUGCCAGGCAGACGAAAACAGACUCAGCUCGAAUGCGGCUUGCAAAAACCACAACACCUGACGUCGGCGGCUCAGCGGCUCAGUGGCUCAGUGGUUCGGCGGUUCGGCGGCUCAGCGUCGACUGCGACUGCGACGGCAGCGGCGACUGCAGCGUUUUGUGGGCGAAUGCUGUUAUUUUCAAAAUGACCAAUGCAGUUUGCGAGUCCUACAACAAAUCCUGGAUCGAAUUCGGGGUUUGUCGACUGAGAGCCGUGAGCCGGAAUAAAGUCUGCCUUAAUGUCGAUGCCAAUUUGCUUCAGCCGGUUCACGAUGUUACAGUCAAGGCCCAAUUGAUGAAAAAGGCCAAUGGAUAUAAGCCGUGGCUCUACAGUGUCAAUUUCGAUGGCUGCCAGUUUAUAAGGCGGAGAAAUAAUGCCCUAAUUCGCCUCGUUUGGGACCUUUUCAAGGAGUACUCAACCAUCAAUCACUCCUGUCCCUAUGUGGGUCUUCAACAAGUUAAAAACUUUUAUCUGAGAUCCGAGAAGCUUCCCACAGCCAUUCCAACUGGCGAAUAUCUGUUGAUGAUUGACUGGGUGAUUAACAAGAAGCCACAAGCUGCCACAAAUGUGUACUUUACCUUCGUGGAGAAUCUAAGAGAUAGUUAAAAAUUUGAUAACAUUUUGAACAUUAAAAAAGUUUCACCUGAAAUAAUAAAACUCAGAUAUUUUAGCAAAUCGGGACGGUCUAAUAUAUAUUGUUCGAUUCCAUCAGACAUUUGCACGAAAAAUUGAUUUCAUCUCUGGCAUACAAAUGCGAUUAUUAAAUCUUUGUUUCUGAGACCACCAAGAGAAUUUCCGCAGCCAGUGAAAUAUCGCAAUAGUAAUUUAAAACAAACAAUACAAAAAUAAUUACCAAUUAAGCC